AUGGAGGGCAGCUGUUGUCCUGGAGGCGCCGCGGCCGUUCCAGCUGUGGCCACCAUCUCCAUAUGCUCAAAUGACAGCAGCUUCCGAAAAGGUAUCUAUUUGCCUAGUUCCUGCCAGAGCAGAACGUGGCAACUGGUCACAUGCCAAGAAAACUGUCAGCCAUCCAGCACUUCCGCAAGUGGUUGUGAACGUGUUUCUUGCCAACCUACCUGCCUUCCAGCAACUUCUUGUGUGGGUUUUGUUUGCCAACCCAUUCGCUCCUGCACAGUGUGCUAUGAAUAUCACACUGGUCAGUCUCCUUGUCUGGUUAGCUCAAGCCAGCCUUCCUGCUCAGAGUCCACCGGUUAUCAGGUAAAGUGCUGUGAACCCAGCCCCUGCCAACAAGGCUCCUGUCAGGAACACGUCUACACGUCCGGAUUGUGCCAGGCAGCUUGUGGCCAAUCAGUCUGCUGUGACAGUAAGUCCUGCCAGCCAUCCUGCUCUGCUGAGGUAACUUCCUGUCCUGAAACAUCUUGCCCACCAACCAUCUGUGCGGCUAGUCCAUGCCAGCCAACUUGCUGCCAAGCAGGUUCAUGUCAACCUGUUGGUGGUGAAGAUCAGCCUUGCAAAUCAAUUUAUUACCAACCUAUCUGCUAUGUUUUCAAGUCUUGCCAAUCAGUUCCCUGCCAGCCAUCGACUUGUGUGUUCAGUUCUUGCAAUCCUACUUACUGCGUGUCCUUCCUUUGCUGGCCACUUUACUGCGUACCAGCUCCUUCCAUAUCCUUCUUCUGCCAGCCAGUGGAUAACUGCCAGCCCCCUUGUUCUGUAAAGAACUCUUGUAAGCCAGCCUCCUGUGGAACCAUGCUUUCUGGCCAACCAACUUGUGGUGGACCCACUUCCUGCAACCAAAGUGGCUGCAGAUCCCCUUCCUACCAACCAGCUUGCUGUGUGACAGGUUUAGGCAAUUUGUCCAGUAGUGGCUCCAAUUGCUUCCGACCAACUCCCUCAAGUCUCUGCAAAGCCUGCACCUGCUUGCCGACUUCCUAGAUAGCCAGGAGUCCAGCUUCUGUAGGGGAACGCUUUGUUGAGGAAGCACUCUUCACACCUCCCCUGACGUCUGCUGCUGUCUACAAGCGCAUAGCCACCACCUGGUGCCUGCCUCUGGCCAAGCAUGCAUGCUCUCUGCUUGCUAACUUUACUCCGAGUCCAGCUCCACAUUCUCUCCAGGUGCUGACAAGGGCUUGUCAAGCCACCAAGAGAUCCUCCUUAACCAAGGAGAACCUUUCAGCAACCAUGGUCCACACUAUAGCUUGCGUUUCCCGAUGUCAAUUCAUUUCGCUUCAGCAAAGCUUUCUCUCCAGUUUUUCUUUCUU